UUUACAGCUUCAUAGCGCCAGUGAUGGUCAGAUAUUAAAAUAAAAAACAGAAUUAAUCAAUUUUGAAACUACUACCAUGCCGUUUGCAUUGAGAGCUUUUUGGGUCAUUAGCCCGAACGAAGGUGCACCCGUCUUCCAAAGGCUCUUUCCAACUGUUGAGUUACGAGCUCAAAAAACCAACAAUUACCAGAAACUGUUUGAGCCUAAUAAAUUUGUCGAAGCGGUUCUUGUGGAGACUGGGAUAAAAAAUUCAGAAAGCUUUGUGUUUAGUCGAGACCGAUGUGAUAAAAUUUGUAUGGCUCCAGCAUUUCAAGUCUCCACUGGCGAUGAGAAUUUGGAACCAGUAGUGAUUUUGCAACACCGAGGAUUGCUUUUGUGUGCAUUACCAUUGAUCGAGGAUCCACAAAGCUCUGUGUUGGAAGUGGCGCAAACUCUUGACUGUUUAAAUGCUAUUGCAGAACGACUAGGUGGUGAUUUGAGUCAGCGCACAGAUCUGAAAAUGCAGCUGGCCAAAAUAAUGGCUGUUAAUUUUCCAUUUGGAAGACCACAGACUGAAAGUAUUGCUCUGACGGAGCAAGUGAUCCAAGCCGCUUUGCAGGAAAAGCGUCAGGAUAAGACUAAAGUUGCAAUCUGGAAUCCAAAUCCUCAAAUAAAAAGCAAGAGCCACUUUGUUUUCCACAUUUCUGAACAAAUUCACCAAGUUCAGAACCAGACUUUUGCAACUGGAGUUAUAAGUGUGACGAUAAAUGAGAUUUCCAGCCAUCGACCAGAAGUUUUAGUGACAAUAUCGCACUCUUCCCCCAUGAAAUUUAUGGCUCUGGCGCCCCGAGCGAAAAUAGAAAUGGCAUCUGACACAAGCACCACUGUUAAAUUCAAUCCAUCGAGUGUUAAGUCAGAGCUUCUUCACUACUCAACUUCGUGCUUGGCUCCUCUAGACUUUACAUUAACGGAAAAUGUGAUCAGCAAAAAAUUAAUGUUGGCGCCAAUCAAAACUCCAUUCCAGCGUCUUGAAUUCAAAUUCAAUUCUGCGGGGAAAAUAAGUAGAUUCAACAUGUCAGUUGGGACUGCGUAUGAGGAUGAGAACGGAAUCAAAUGGGAUGUUCCUGUCUCAAAGUUGAAGAGCAAAAGUGCUGAAUUCGAAGUUCUGAGCAACGCGGAUGUAAAGAGCACAAAAGUCAAAUUUUCAGCUGAGGCCGUUUUCAGCAUGAGCAGCGAUUGCUGCUGGAGUGGUGUGAAAAUUGGCCAGAAUGGAGUUUCGGUUAACGGGAGUACGUCCAAGAUAAAAAUCACUACAAACUCUGAGACCCUGUCAGGAAGUUACCAGGUUGUGCUAGGUUGAUUUUAAACAUGUCUGAUGAUUCCUUCCUUCCAAAUAUAUUUCCUUACUCACCAA